UCUCCCCCCCCCCCCUCCUCCAACUCCUCCCCCAAACCGAUCUGGCUCCGCUUCGAUCUGUUGUUUCUGAUGCGAGUAGUUCGGUCCGGCCUGUUUCUGAUCAGAAAUGAUCCUUGCGUUCGGAUGCGAGAUGCGUCUAGGGUGUAUACCUGGAAUUACCUACCGCGCAAAAUGUUCGGACCGAUUUGAAUGAGUUUGGUGCUGAACUGGUGAUAGUCUUGGAUGAUGGAUUAGGGUGGUUCUUUUUCACCUCGUUGGAGAGCUGAUUGUUUGGAAUCCGCUAUCUGGGUUCCAAAAAUCGGGGAAAUGCUAAUGCUGUCUAUCUAUAUGUCUUUUUAAGGCGAGCCGGUGGUUUCUUUGGAGUAUCACAUGGUUUGAUGAUGACUGCGCUGUGUUGUUUCUGGUUUUCUUUUGCUGAGGGUGUAAAAAUGUGGGUACAUGCAUGUCCUUACGGAAUGGGUGGCAAGAGAAAUGAGAGUUCUGGUGCUUUUUGAUCAAUUCAUGCGAGGGAUAAGAGUGUUGCUUUCGGCAAGGGAGAUUGCGCCCCAUGGUGCACGGUCCAUUUCAACACAAGUCGUUAGAAACCGCAUGAAGAGUGUGAAGAACAUUCAAAAGAUUACAAAAGCAAUGAAGAUGGUUGCAGCGUCAAAGCUUCGAGCUGUUCAAAUAAGAACAGAAAAUUCACGUGGUCUAUGGCAGCCAUUCACCGCUCUUCUUGGCGAUGCUCCUAGUGUUGAUGUCAAUAAAAAUGUUAUUGUUGCUAUCACAUCCGACAAGGGUCUCUGUGGUGGUAUCAACUCUACGUCAGUUAAAGUCAGCAAAGCACUCCACAAGUUAACUUCUGCUUUUAUGUAUUCAGGUCCAGAGAAAGAAAGCAAGUAUGUCAUACUAGGAGAGAAGGGUAAAGUCCAACUCAUUCGUGACUCAAGGAAGAGUAUUGAGAUGACAGUAUCUGAAUUGCAGAAGAACCCUAUCAACUACACACAGACUGCUGUGCUGGCUGAUGAUAUCUUGAAAAAUGUUGAAUUUGAUGCUCUGAGACUUGUUUUUAACAAGUUCCACUCCGUCAUAUCAUUUAAGCCGACAAUGACUACAAUAUUGUCACCUGAGGUCAUGGAGAAAGAGACAGAAUCUGGUGGAAAGGUUGGUGACCUUGAUUCAUAUGAAAUUGAAGGAGGUGAAACCAAAUCCGAAAUUCUACAGAAUCUUACUGAGUUCCAGUUUUCUUGUGUCCUGUAUAAUGCUGCUCUAGAGAAUGCAUGCAGUGAGCUUGGAGCUCGUAUGUCUGCCAUGGACAGCUCGAGCAGAAACGCGGGUGACAUGCUUGAUAGACUGACACUCACAUACAACAGGACACGUCAAGCUUCUAUCACUACAGAGCUCAUUGAGAUCAUUUCUGGUGCCUCAGCCCUUGAGGGAUAACGGUGAAACUUUUGUUGAACAUUGAUUUUUCUUCUUUGUCGCCGCUCCAACAAAAGCUACUUAUCAUCUGAAGCAGCCUUUUGUUUUUCUUUGCAAGCGCAUCCUGAUGCCAAGUUGCAAUAAUUAGCCCAAUUACGUGAUGGUGCUAUGCAGAUAUGCUUGUUCCAAUCAACCUUGUUUUAUCGAAAGACUGGCAUACUUUUACUGAAUGUUGAAUGGUCGUGCCCAUUUUGCAUAAAUGAUGAUUUGCUGAAACUCUAUUUUGCC